CGCUCCAAACUUGUGGAGCGCACCGCGGAAACUUUUUAACAGUGGCUUUCCCCGCACCGACAGGAGAAGAAACGCUUUUGUGGCUCCGGGGAGGCAAAAGUGCCGCAAGUGGGAUGGCGAGGAGGCGCGAUGGCCACGCCGCCGCGCGGCUCAUGUGAGACUUUCAAAGUCCACGCGGACAGAGCAGUGAAACACGGAUUAUAGGGCAAGCCGCAGGUCGUCCCCGUCACCUGGACACCAUGGUGGUGUGUGUGCAGGGGCUCGCCUGGGUGCUCCUGAGCGCGCUCCUGCAGCCUGUGGCGCUCUGGGGCGCGCGGCCAGCCGGCAGACCGAGCCAGUGCGACGUGCCAAAGUUGCAAAGCGACAUGAACUCUUUCCUGUGGAAAGUCAAGCGCACCCCCCCGCUUCCGCCUUCCUACCUGUACGGCACCAUCCACGUGCCUUACACCCGAGUGUGGGACUUCAUCCCGGAUGUCUCCAAGCGGGCUUUCCACAGCAGCCGCAAUGUUUUCUUCGAGCUGGACCUGACUGACCCGCUCACCGUCUCCAAACUGACCAGCUGCCAGCUGCUUCCCCACGGGGAGAACCUCCAAAGCCUGCUACCUCGAGACUUAUACCGCCGCCUCAAACGCCACCUGGACUACGUCAAGCACAUGAUGCCGUACUGGAUGACGGCGGACCAGCGCGGCCGCGGCCUCUAUGCCGACUACCUAUUCAACGCCAUAGCGGGAAACUGGGAGAGGAAGAGGCCCGUGUGGGUGAUGCUGAUGGUCAACUCACUGACUGAGUGGGACGUGAGGUCCAGGGGGACGCCGGUGCUGGACUUGUUUUUGGCUCAGGAGGCCGAGAAGAUGGGAAAAACAACGGGGGCGGUGGAAAGGGUGGAGGAGCAGUGUCACCCCCUCAAUGGCCUCAACUUCUCUCAGGUGCUGUUCGCCUUGAACCAGACGCUGCUGCAGCACGAGGGUGUCCGAGCGGGCAGUCUGCAGGGCUCCUACACCACCGAGGACCUCAUCACGCACUACAACUGUGGGGACCUAAGCUCCAUCAUCUUUAACCGUGACAACUCACAGUUGCCCCACUUCAUCAACAGUUCUCUGCCGGCUCAUGAGCGCACCACAGCUCAACAGAUCGACAGCUACUUUCGCCAGGAGCUCAUCUACAAGCGGAACGAGCGCAUGGCUCGCCGCGUGUCCGCCCUGCUGCAGAGGAAUCCCAACCAGACCUACUUUUUCGCCUUUGGCGCAGGUCACUUCCUGGGGAACCACAGCGUGCUCGACAUCCUCCGACACGACGGCUACGUGAUCGAUCACGUCACGCCGGAUGACCAGCAGCCUGUGACACUAAUAACAGACCGCGAGCCAACCGGCGGCAUGAGCACGGCUCCUCCCACCAGUUGGCCCACCGGAUCGGGCGAGACGGUGCUCAGUAGCCUGCCUGGCGUCGGCGAGGAGGAGGAGCUUCCCCACAUCCUGCAGCCGGACAGCCUGAGUCAGCUGGAGGAGUUCGGAAGGCACAAGCGUCCUCGAAAAGCUCACCGCGGCCACGGGAGGCCCCGCCUCUUCAGUGACCUCUGGGUUCGCUUCGGAGACGGCACCGCCUCGCCACCUAACGUGAGGAUCAUCAACGGUUACGUGACAGUGGAGUCCCCGCUCACCCACCCGGAGGACCACGCCAUGGACAAACACCUGAGUCCGGACUCUUUCACACCACCCGGCCCCACCUCAGCGCAGCCACCUUCGUCAGCCCACGGUGCGCUAUCGCUGACGUGCACUUUAGCCUGGCUGCUGUUGUACGUGCUGCUCACCUCCUGACCGCCACAGGGAACACUACCAGCAAAACAAAGAUUCAAACCACCAACAAUGCAGGAAUGUUGUGAGCGACGCUGCCGAGCCCUUCAAAAAGCUGCCAAUGCCUUCACACGUGAGUCAGCCAUGAUGCUCACCAUGAGUGGACUACAAUGGUCCAAAGGCCUCUACACCACAGGGAAGAAACUAAAUGGAGAACUGGAACUAUUUAGAGCUGGUGCGGUCGCAUGUUGUGACCAUUAAAUCAGUGGUUCUCAAAGUGGGGUCCGUGAGCCAUAAUUUGGUGGGCCGCCAAAGGAUUUUCAAUAACUUUUGUCUGAUCGUUUAAAGACGUGUGUAUGGGGGACCGCCGCGCCAAUAAAACAAACAUAAUAGGACAGUUACUCCUCUCUACUUUAGCUUUGGAUUUUGGAUGGAAUUCAAUUAGGAUUGUGACAUAUAAAUCCGACACCCCUUUAUGAAUAGUCAAACAAAGGGCGUAUUUUUGAGAAUGCAGUGGUGCCUUGAAGUAAAAUGGACCCGACAUCUGAGUUUUUCAAGAUAAGAGUUCAGGUGACUUUUGUUGCUUUGACUUGCGAGCAAAAACUUGAGAUACGUGCGCUGUAGGGUGGCAGUGACCUCAAUUCACUUCACAAGAAGCAGCAGUUUGGCACAUUGUGAACAAUUCUUUCCAGAAGAGGCUUCAAGCGGUUUAUCGUCGCUCCUUGUUGAAGUUUCUUGUCAAACUAAACAGAAAACUGAGAAUUACACAUUGUUUAUUUAAAACUACCACAUAACUUCGCCUUAAUGCUAACACAUAACGGUAAACACCAUAAACUGGCUAACAAAUGGCAUCAGUGUUGUGGUGUUAUAACCCUUGAAGCGACGGAUAUUUGAAGACAAAUGGUGGAGAAACGCAUGUAGACAGGUUGGACCACGAAUAGCGAAAAUCUGUGAUGCCCAUUAUAAUUGCAUUGAAAAAAAAACCCAAAACCCAAAACAGUUCUUGAAUUAGUGGUAAUAAAUCGCCAAUAAGCAUUUUUAGGUUUGUUCCCCUCCCCCACAAAAAUGAAAUUGUUCGACCUCCCUCCAAAAAUAAAAAAAAAUUAAAAUUAAAAAAAAUAAAAACCUAAAAAAUGAAGAAAAAAUAUGUUAUCUGUUUAUUUUUAUUAUUUGAAAAACAAUCCACAAGUAGGUUCGGAAAAACGAGUAUGCGAGCAUGGUCACUGAACGAAUUCAACUCGUAUCUCAAGGCACCACUGUAUCGUCCUAUCAGAGAAUAAAGGCGGCUUUUCUAGAAUAAAAUAUUUUAAAUCACGAAAAAACAGCAGGAUUUUUCAAAUUAGCAUUACAAGUUUCGUACCUUCUAAAAUUUAUUUUGACUUUGUAUCACAUUAACACUAUCUUGGAAAAAAACAACUGCAUUCUCAUAAGAUUACAAACUUUAUCCUGAAAAUCAUGAAUUUGUUAUCGCAAUGUUGCAAAUUUUACUCAAAAAUAGGCAACUUUUUAAUUCAUAUGGCAUUUAGAAGUACAAUGUGGUAGUUAUGUCUAGUUGGUGGUAAGAAUUAUCAGGUGAUCCUUG